AUGGAUUUUAUGAGAAGGAUCAACAGGGACGGUGGAUAUGGAAUCGACACUCAGGCGCUGUUCCAAGAAGAUCAUGAAAGGAUGCUUCUCGAAGAAUACAUGAAGAACGAGGAGCAGAAGGAUCCGACGCAUGCCCCGUCACCAGUUGCUGCGGAUCCAGGGGCAGAUGCCGAGGCGAAUUCAGCGCCGUCUAAGCAGGAUCCAGGCCCGUCACCUCUAGCCGCAGGGCGCGAUGCCGAAGUGACCGCUGAGCCGAAGUCAGCCCCCCCACCUGCAGCUGCACCGUUCGCGGGAGGAGCUCAGGCUACCUCUGAGCCGAUGUCAGCCCCGCCACCAGCAGCUGCACCGUUCGCGGGAGGAGCUCAGGCUACCGCUGAGCCGAAGUCAGCCCCGCCACCAGCAGCUCCUCCGUUCGCGGGAGGAGCUCAAGCUACAUCUGAGCCGAAGUCAGCUCCGUCACCAGCAGCUGCACCGUUUGCGGGAGGAGGUCAAGCUACCUCUGAGCCGAAGUCAGCUCCGCCACCAGCAACUGCACCGUUCGCGGGAGCGGCUCAAGCUACCUAUGAGCCGAAGUCAGCCCCGUCACCAGCAGCUGCACCCUUCACGGUUUCGGCUCAAGCUACCUGUGAGCCGAAGUCAGCCCCGUCACCACUCGCACCUGCCCGCACUAGUGCUGCUGAAGUCACCAUUGGACCAGAUCCUGGGGAAAAAGGCGGAGACAACCAGCCUGCACCCGUGGAUGAGCAUGCCAAUGCUACCCAAGCCACUGCGGAUGCUGGCGACGUUGGUGAGGUGUGCGGCCAUGUCCAGACACCAAGGGAGAUGCAGCGUGGUGUGCUCCGCACCGUGGUGGAGGAAGGGACUGCCAUAGCUGGGGUCCACCUUGCAGCGAGGUGGAUCACGGUCACUGAGUUUCUGUGCGGAAUCAAACAUGUUUGA